AUUUUAUCCUGAUAAACGGAAUAUUCAGCUCGACUCCGGACCAAGUUGCUGUCUCUGAGUGCGCCCGUGUGUGAUGAACCUGGAGCGCAGUGAGAGAGGGGAGCGUCCUUCACAUCGAGGCCCAGAGAUGGAGCUUCGUGCUGGGGGAAAGAUCGGGAAGAUGUCUGUGGGCUUCCAGAGGAGCUCCACCUCAGACGAUGACUCUGGGUGUGCACUGGAGGAGUACGCCUGGGUGCCACCGGGACUCAGACCUGAGCAGGUACAGAUGUAUUUCUCCUGUCUGCCAGAGGACAAAGUGCCAUAUGUCAACAGCCCAGGAGAGAAGUGCAGGAUCCGACAGCUCCUCUACCAGCUGCCGCCACACGACAAUGAGGUGCGCUACUGCCACUCUCUGACUGAGGAGGAAAAGAGGGAACUGCACAUGUUCAGUGCCCAGAGGAAGAGGGAGGCACUGGGGAGAGGAACACCCAAGAUCCUGCCCCGAGCUCUGCAACACACACGUUGUGAAAAUUGUGGUGGAGGGAUCAAUGGAGGGGAGAUGGCAAUUUUUGCCUCCAGAGCAGGGCCGAGCCCCUGCUGGCACCCAGCAUGCUUUGUAUGUGCCACAUGUCAAGAACUGCUGGUGGAUCUGAUCUAUUUCUACCAAAACGGCAAGAUCAUCUGUGGGAGACAUCAUGCUGAGCUUCUCAAACCACGAUGCACCUCUUGUGACGAGAUCAUCUUUGCGGAUGAGUGCACUGAAGCAGAGGGUUGUCACUGGCACAUGAAGCACUUUGCCUGUUUCGAAUGUGAGACAUUGCUUGGGGGGCAACGCUACAUCAUGAAAGAUGGCCGACCCUACUGCUGUGGCUGCUUUGAGUCACUGUAUGCUGAGUACUGUGAGGCCUGUGGUGAAAAUAUUGGUGUUGACCAUGCCCAGAUGACCUACGAAGGAGUACACUGGCAUGCUACAGACCAGUGCUUCUGUUGUGCCCAGUGUAAGACAUCUUUGCUGGGUUGCCCCUUCCUGCCGAAGCAAGGCCGCAUCUAUUGCUCCAAGGCUUGCAGCCAAGGGGAGGAUAUUCAUGCUUCUGACUCGUCCGAUUCUGCCUUCCAGUCUGCCCGCUCACGUGAAUCACGGCGCAGCGUCCGCAUGGGGAAGAGCAGCAGGCCUGCAGAACAGUGGAGACAGUCACAGCUGUUUAACCCCCCUGCUACUGUCCCCUCAUUUGAGUACAAGUUUGGGGACGGCGAGGGUGAUGGCGAUGCUGAUGGCGACAUUGAUAUUGUAGGGCGGAAACUGGCCCGUCUAGGCCUGGAGGAGGAAAGGUUCUGGAGGGAACGAGAGGAGCAGGAUGUUGGGGGAGAGGAGGAUCCAGAGGAGUGGGCACAGCAUGAGGACUAUAUGACUCAGCUCCUGCUUAAGUUUGGUGACCGUGGGAUGUUGCACCAACUUCAGCAGCCAGCCCUAAAAUCUCCCAGCCCUAGCAGUGACAGAAACAGGCUAAUAAGUGUCUCUGACCCCUGGCUAAAGCCUGACUCUACAUCCAUGGGGGUUACCCCCUCCUCACCAACCCCUGCCAGUCCUACCCAGAGCCAGACUUCCAAUCAAUCCCGAGCCAACAGCCUUAGCCCUGGACUGAUGAGCAAGAAGCACCUGCCUGAAAUGUACUGGGCUCAGUCCCAGGAUGGGUUGGGAGAUUCAGCCUAUGGGAGUCAUCCAGGUCCUGCAAGUGCCAGAAAAAUCCAAGAGCUGGAGUUGGACCAAGAUCAGGAGCAGUCUGGCACAGGAAGACAGGGCCUAUGGCCAGACACCAGGCAGUGGUACCAAGACUCACUCGAGUGUAUUGCUGAUGAGCUUAGGAAGGCAGAACAGGGUGUUCGAGACUCCAUGGACUCCCUGGCACUCUCAAACAUCACUGGUGCAUCAGUGGAUGGAGAUGACAGGGACAGAUCUAUAGUCUACUCCCUUCAUGCCAUGCAGGAUCCGUUGGUGGCAGAAGACUGUGAGAAGAUGAGCAACAUGGGGACCUUUAAUUCAUCCCAUAUUCACCACAGUAACAACUCCCUCAACCUUAACACGGAGAAGGGAGAAGAGGAGGCAGCAUUGGCAAUGAGAGGAGGCACAGCUGGAGGACUUCUCUCAUUAUCCCCACAUUCAGAUGGCCUCCCUCCCUCUUUUGUCCAUGCCCCAGCUCUGAGGAGGAGUAAGUCACAGUCAAGGCCUCCUCAGAUGGUCAAGUUCUCAGAAGACACGGUGGACAAUGGAUAUAAUGAUGCAUUUGAGGUGAAUAGUAGAAAGCAUCCCAUGAGUGAGAAGCCACAGCGGAGGGCGUACUGUGCAGAGGAAAUGGGCAAAGAAAGAAGCCGCCCAGUGAGCCACCAUGGCCGCCACAGACAGCACAGGCAAGGCAAGCACCACAGGAGUCGCAAAACCCGCUCGGACAAUGCCCUUCACAUGGUGCCUUUGGAGAAGGCACAGAGGCCAUAUGAGCCCCAGCAGCAGGGUCUGGUAAACCCUCCUUGUGGUGCCCUGCUCCUACAGCAUCCCCCACACAGGCUGCCUCUGGCCUACUCGCAAACCCGAUCAGACUAUAUGCUCCAGGGCUCAACUCAAGGAGAUCCACGAGUUGACAAUUUCAUGGGUCUCUACAGAGAUGAUGAUGACUGGUGCUCUACUUGCUCUUCAUCAUCAUCAGACUCUGAGGAGGAAGGUUAUUUCCUGGGCCAGCCAAUCCCCCAGCCUCGACCUGCAGGGCGCUACUAUGCUGAAGACUUCCCAACUCGGGUCACAGCCCUUUCACCCCACAGUCAUGGCUCACAGACUGGUCGCCGAAAGAGCCACCGUUCCAAAAACUGUAUCAUCUCUUGAAACCUCAGACUAUAUUUACAUUAUAACCCACAACACAUUAAGCAAUAAAGGCAGAUUCUUUGAUCAUAUGAUAGCCAACACGGAUCAAAUCUAGGUUUUGAAAGGCAGUUCAAGAUAACUCGUGGGCAAAUAUGUCCAGAUUCAUAUCGUAUUUUAGACGUAGAUGUAUGGAAAGAAGAAUUCUUUGAUUUUAACUGAAGAAAAAAAAGAAAAAGGAAACUGGAUCUGUGCUUAUAUUACAUUUUUGUACAAAUUUGGCCUAGAUACUGGGACUUGUUGAAUUUUAGCAUUAAUAUGAUGCAUGGACUGGGGAAUUUGGAGGCCUUCCUUUGGACAGUGUGGACUGAAAUUGUGCACAGUUUGUCAGAGUGAAGACAUUUAACUUUUUCGUUUCAGCAUUUGCCUUUAAGUUGUUCUUUUUUUUUAAUGUUUCAAGAUCAGUUAAAAGUUUUGCAGCAAUACCCUUGUGUACAGUAAAAAUGGCAAUACUAUUACACAGAGGUUGAUAAUUAUGGUAGAAAAUAGAAACUAACCAAAUAAUUAUUUAAAGCAUAUUGACAUUGUAUAUACUAAGUUAAGAUUUUAAUACUGGUAUUUUUAUAUCUGUGGUUUAAAAAAAACGUUUUUGAAGUAUGUGAUAGGAGAAAAUAGCAGUUGUAAACAAACAGACCUCGUUAAUAUUUCAUGAGAAACAACAAAGAAGGUGCCACUUCAUAAACUGUGUACUUCACAGUAAAGUGCCAUGUAACAAUGUCUAUUAUAACCUAUAUUCCACAAUGCUCACUAUUGGUGUAGAAAACAUAAAAUGAAUAGCAGUAACACCCGCAUUGUCCAUAUUCAGCCCAACUAUUCACUACCCUUGCUCUGUCAUAACUAGUUAAUUGCUUUGUGAUGUAA